AAUCACGUACGCGCUUACGUGAAUUCUUACAUUUUCCUCAAUCAUGCCGCUUACUCACUUUUACUUAAAAUGAACCUCACCUUCUUGUCGCGCAAACGUUUAUCUGGUUCCAAACUGGUGGAGAUCGAUGAGAGAAUGGUCCGUUACAGCAGUGGAUGGUUUUCGUAAAAAGUGCGAGGCGUUUCAGAAAUUUGAAAUGCAGGGAAACACAGCCAGAAUCCUUUUAUGUGCAAUUUUACAACAUGUUGUUGCAACAGGUCAGGUGGACAAGCCCCCUCCGGAGUUCUUGGAGCCUUUGGAAAACCACACUGUCACCCAAGGCAGGGAUAUUUACUUCACUUGCGUUGUCAAUCACUUGGCCGACUACAAAGUUGCUUGGAUCAAGUCGGAUAGCAAAGCAAUUUUAGCAAUUCAUACUCGAAUGGUAUCUCAAAAUACUAGACUCUCUGUAACUCAUAAUGGACACAACACUUGGAUGCUUCACAUAUCCAAUGUGCAAAAGAAUGACUCUGGAACGUACAUGUGCCAAAUAAACACUAAUCCGAUGCGCAGUCAGAUGGGUCACUUAGAAGUAGUUAUUCCACCGGAUAUUAUAAAUGACGCCGACUCAUCAGAAAGUGAUUCUGUUGCAAUGGAAGGUGGCACGGUAAGACUUAAAUGUAAAGCAACCGGAGUUCCUGAACCUAGUCUCAUAUGGAGAAGAGAAGACAACAGAAACAUCACUUUAAGACACGAAAACAGAGAAAAACAGGUUAUUAAGACUUUCGAAGGUGAUACACUGGUUCUCCACAACGUUCAACGUAACGAUAUGGGGGUUUAUCUCUGCAUUGCAAGCAAUGGGAUUCCUCCAACAGUCAGCAAACGUUACAUAGUGAAAGUUCGGUUUCCCCCGUUGAUAAAAGUGACGAACCAGCUUGUUGCUGCGCCAUUGGCUAGUGACGUCCUGGUGCAGUGUUACGUUGAAGCUUCGCCUAGAGCCAUGAACCACUGGAUCCGAGAUGGAACUGGAGAAAAGCUUCUGCCUAGCGACAAAUAUAUUAUAACAGAAACAACUUUGAGCGACUAUUCCUAUUUUAUGAAUCUGACAAUAAAAUCAUUGGAGAAACGAGAUUUUGGCGAUUACAUGUGUUCAUCCACAAAUAUUGUUGGCAGAAGUGAGGGUACUGUGCGACUACAGGAACUACAUCUUCUGGUGAAGACAACCACCACUCAGAGCACGCCAAAGCACGUGGAAAUGACGAAACCGCGAAAACCUGUGGUGAAGGAGAAUCUGAAGAAACCGAAGAAAAAGUCGAAGUCAAAGAAAGGUUCGGAAGAAGACAACGUCAGCGACGACUAUGCGAUUACAACCGUCACAUUUCCCCCCUAUUCUUGGACUCUCGCUCCGCCGAAGGCUCUUCCAGUCCCAAGCACCAAAAAGACACCCACUUGGGUCCAUCACUCUAGUUGUGGUUGUAAAACACCUGUAAGCAUUGCACCUAUUUUUAUUUUUAUCUGCUGUUUACUAAUCUCAAGACUGGUUAGCAAUUGAAGUAACUGUCGUUACCUUUUGCAUUUGUGCGUUGUCGACGUCUUCCUUUGCUAUUGCUUCCCCACUUCCAUUUCCCAAAUGACAAUGUUUAUUUCAAUUAGCUCCCUCGGGCCAACUCAAACCAAACAAUUUUUCAUAGGCUUAUUUUGCUCUAAUGUAAUUAAUAUUUCUUGAUCGUACAUACUAACGUAACUAUAAUACUUACAAAGACUAUAUUUGUUGGAUGUAUUAAUAUACCUAGUAAACAUUUUUUUACAUAGGCACAACUAAAAUACUCGAAAGUAAAGUCUACUAAUAUUUACAUAAUCUGUAACUUUUUAAAGACAUGCUGUAUUCGUUCUUGUCAAAGUAUGAUGAAUACGUAAAGGUGCAUACACACUUGAGCACGAGCACGAACACGUUCGAGGCGAGGCAAGGCGAUACGAAUACGUCUACGACUGGCAGCAAAGUGCAUCGGUCUGCCCCAAAUUGAAUUUGAGUCGAUGUGGAUGGCUUUAAUGCCUUAACUUGCCUCGUUUGUCUCGUUUUAUCAAUAAUAUAAUAAUCGUGACCAACCAUUAUGUACUGGGCUGGACUCAGUCUUGCCUUACCUCGAACUUAUUAGUGCUUUUAUUACCAUUGAUUGUUUCAAAAAAAAAAAAAAGUACCCGCUACAUUACAUCGACAAAAAAACUUCAUAUCUAUCAUCCAACGGCAUAUCAUCUACUGUUAUGUGUCUUCCUUAAGAUCAUCUACACUAACUGUUUACGGUAAAUAAUUAAAUUACGUAAAAAAGAAUUAAAGUUUUUACCUACGUAUUAUGUAUAUCUUACAACGAUGCUAGGUUACAAUAACAUACACAACAUUUUAUACAUAAAAACCUAUGUCUUCCGAAGUUAAAUUAACAAUAAUAAACAAGAAAAAGAAUAAUUUUUACUAGAAUUCUGACGCAUUCUGACUUUAUGUAUUACUACUAACUCCAUGCCACAGUAUGAGUCGAAUGUCUAAUAAAUAAAAUUAUUCCAUUCGUGUGUAAACUCACGAUACCUACAGGGUUGUAAUUUUUAAAAUUGUAGUCUAAUAUAGUAGAAGGUAAUCGCUAUUAACUAUUAGUGUAAUCUAAAAAUAGAUGAUUUACCUACCAAAGAGUACCUUCUACAAAUUAUUAAUAAAUAAUUGUAAUUAGAAUUUAUCAUACCAUGACGUGUUGUUGAAAUAUAAGAUGAAUUUCAGACAUUAAAAAGGCACUACGUUUUGUCUCAUACUGUGGGUCAGUUUCCAUUUAUAGUUGUACAUACAUAAUAUAUGAGAUAUUCUAAAAAAAAGUGAAACACUGUAAUCAAUAUAUUUUGUAUGGACUUGAUUAAGAAACCUUUUUAUAUUUACUUGUAACUGUCUGUUUUAAAAGGAGUUACACCACUAAAAGCACAAACAAGGGUAGAAAAUUAUACAAUAAAAAAAUUAUAUUAAAUAGCUACAGGUAUUAGGGUAGGUGCCGUUUUGUUCUCAUUGCAAAUAGUUCGAAUAUCUAAAUUAAUUGAUUAUUAUAAUAACCUAAACUUUCUAAAUCUGAGCAAACUAACAGGUCAAAAUUUUUGAUAAGUA